AUGGACAUGAGCAGUAUUGCUUUAAAGGAGAGAGAACCAUCUGAACAGCUUAGUGAUAUCACAGUUAAUGGAACAAGAUUCUUAUUCGAGAGCUAUGUCGUUACAAACUACUGUGGUAGUUCAGUUUUCUCCUCCGCCCCACCCCUGCUCUAUCUCCUCCGCCCCACCCCUGCUCUAUCUCCUCCGCCCCACCCCUGCUCUAUCUCCUCCGCCCCACCCCUGCUCUAUCUCCUCCGCCCCACCCCUGCUCUAUCUCCUCCGCCCCACCCCUGCUCUAUCUCCUCCGCCCCACCCCUGCUCUAUCUCCUCCGCCCCACCCCUGCUCUAUCUCCUCCGCCCCACCCCUGCUCUAUCUCCUCCGCCCCACCCCCACCCCUGCUCUAUCUCCUCCGCCCCACCCCCACCCCUGCUCUAUCUCCUCCGCCCCACCCCCACCCCUGCUCUAUCUCCUCCGCCCCACCCCCACCCCUGCUCUAUCUCCUCCGCCCCACCCCCACCCCUGCUCUAUCUCCUCCGCCCCACCCCCACCCCUGCUCUAUCUCCUCCGCCCCACCCCCACCCCUGCUCUAUCUCCUCCGCCCCACCCCCACCCCUGCUCUAUCUCCUCCGCCCCACCCCCACCCCUGCUCUAUCUCCUCCGCCCCACCCCCACCCCUGCUCUAUCUCCUCCGCCCCACCCCCACCCCUGCUCUAUCUCCUCCGCCCCACCCCCACCCCUGCUCUAUCUCCUCCGCCCCACCCCCACCCCUGCUCUAUCUCCUCCGCCCCACCCCCACCCCUGCUCUAUCUCCUCCGCCCCACCCCCACCCCUGCUCUAUCUCCUCCGCCCCACCCCCACCCCUGCUCUAUCUCCUCCGCCCCACCCCCACCCCUGCUCUAUCUCCUCCGCCCCACCCCCACCCCUGCUCUAUCUCCUCCGCCCCACCCCCACCCCUGCUCUAUCUCCUCCGCCCCACCCCCACCCCUGCUCUAUCUCCUCCGCCCCACCCCCACCCCUGCUCUAUCUCCUCCGCCCCACCCCCACCCCUGCUCUAUCUCCUCCGCCCCACCCCCACCCCUGCUCUAUCUCCUCCGCCCCACCCCCACCCCUGCUCUAUCUCCUCCGCCCCACCCCCACCCCUGCUCUAUCUCCUCCGCCCCACCCCCACCCCUGCUCUAUCUCCUCCGCCCCACCCCCACCCCUGCUCUAUCUCCUCCGCCCCACCCCCACCCCUGCUCUAUCUCCUCCGCCCCACCCCCACCCCUGCUCUAUCUCCUCCGCCCCACCCCCACCCCUGCUCUAUCUCCUCCGCCCCACCCCCACCCCUGCUCUAUCUCCUCCGCCCCACCCCCACCCCUGCUCUAUCUCCUCCGCCCCACCCCCACCCCUGCUCUAUCUCCUCCGCCCCACCCCCACCCCUGCUCUAUCUCCUCCGCCCCACCCCCACCCCUGCUCUAUCUCCUCCGCCCCACCCCCACCCCUGCUCUAUCUCCUCCGCCCCACCCCCACCCCUGCUCUAUCUCCUCCGCCCCACCCCCACCCCUGCUCUAUCUCCUCCGCCCCACCCCCACCCCUGCUCUAUCUCCUCCGCCCCACCCCCACCCCUGCUCUAUCUCCUCCGCCCCACCCCCACCCCUGCUCUAUCUCCUCCGCCCCACCCCCACCCCUGCUCUAUCUCCUCCGCCCCACCCCCACCCCUGCUCUAUCUCCUCCGCCCCACCCCCACCCCUGCUCUAUCUCCUCCGCCCCACCCCCACCCCUGCUCUAUCUCCUCCGCCCCACCCCCACCCCUGCUCUAUCUCCUCCGCCCCACCCCCACCCCUGCUCUAUCUCCUCCGCCCCACCCCCACCCCUGCUCUAUCUCCUCCGCCCCACCCCCACCCCUGCUCUAUCUCCUCCGCCCCACCCCCACCCCUGCUCUAUCUCCUCCCUAG